UGGCUUAGGCCUGGGCGCUGCCUUCGCUCUCUCCGCGGCCCGCCCUCCUUGCCUUGCCUUGCCAGUGCAGUGCGGCUCGCCAUGGCCUUCGCCACCCGCCAAUUCCUGCGCGCGAUUUCCACCGCGGCCGCCAAAAAGCUGGUGGUGAAGCAUGUGACGGUGAUCGGGGGCGGCCUGAUGGGCGCCGGGAUUGCCCAGAUUGCUGCAGCAACUGGCCACACUGUGAUACUGGUGGACCAAACAGAUGAAAUAUUAAAUAAAUCCAAGAAAGGAAUUCAGGAGAGUCUGAAAAAGCUGGCAAAGAAGAAGUUUGCAGACAAACCCGAGGAAGGCACUCAGUACAUUGAGAAGGUCUUAAAGAACCUGACGACAAGCACAGAUCCAGUCUCUGUCGUACACAGCACCGACCUUGUUGUGGAGGCCAUUGUGGAAAACGUAGCCGUGAAAAAUGAGCUUUUCAAGACGCUGGAUAAGUUUGCACCUGAACACACGAUAUUUGCUAGUAACACUUCAUCCUUGCCCAUUACAGAGAUGGCCAACGCUACUACUAGGCAGGACCGUUUUGGGGGCCUACACUUCUUCAAUCCCGUGCCUUUGAUGAAGCUUGUUGAGGUUGUCAAGGCACCAAUGACCAGCCAGAAGACUUUCGAAUCUCUCGUGGAUUUUACGAGAGCACUGGGGAAAACCCCUGUGUCUUGCAAGGACACUCCUGGUUUUGUUGUCAAUAGACUCCUUGUGCCUUACCUGAUGGAAGCUGUUCGGCUUUUUGAGAGAGGAGAUGCGUCAAAGGAAGAUAUUGAUGUUGCCAUGAAGCUGGGAGCAGGCUACCCCAUGGGCCCAUUUGAACUUUUGGACUAUGUUGGCUUGGAUACCAGUAAAUAUAUUAUAGAUGGGUGGCAUCAGUUGGAGCCUGAAAACCCUCUCUUUGCUCCAAGUCCGCUGCUGGAUAAACUAGUAGAAGAGAAGAAAUUGGGGAAGAAAACUGGAGAAGGAUUUUACAACUACCAAUGAACUUUGCAGUCUGCAGUGCGUGCCAAGCUGAUCCAGGGAAGCCACGUUCCAUUUCCUGUGUACUCGGAAUGCCACUUAAUCAUGACCUUAAAAAGAGAGACAACAGUAUCUAUGCUGUACAUUUUGAUUGUAGUGUCUGAGGCGAUUGCUUUUUUUCCUGGAAAACAGUUUUAUUUCCUGAAGAUUUGAGCUUCAUACACCACCGUGCCUUUCUUUAUAAGCUGCCUUAUUCAGGUUCAUGUUAUUAUUCCAAAUGGAUUUCACAGAUCUGUAACAAACUGUUGAACCAGAAAAAAAAUGUCCAAGUCUCAAGGCAAAUAAAAUAGGCCAUCUUGAUACAGAA